AAGAGCCAAAGCUCCAUUACUCACAAGGAAACAAUCCUCGCUUUCUCUGGUUCUUGGUCUCUGAAUUUUAGGGUUUGACUGGAAUCAUCAGCUUUUGAGUCUUUCUUUUGACUUCAGAGCCCGAUAGCGAUCGAUUCGUUUCUGGGUCUAGAAUUUUUCAUACAUUUUCAUUAGUUUUCUGUAAAUUGAUCGUUCUUUUCAGUUGCUUUCGAGCAAUUUCAGGUUUUUGUGAGAAUUAAUUCCUAGAAGUUUGAGCUGUUGCACAUAUAAUUCAUAUUAGUAAUUUGAGGAUGACAAUUGGAAGCCUUAAGCCAGCGAAAGAGAAGAAGUCGAGAAAGAGCAAACCUGUUGUUGAUGAGAAAGCACCUCUGUUGCCCACUAAACAAGAGGAGUGUUCCGCGUUUGAUGAGUUUGAUGGGGCUUCGUUUACGGGGGCAGUGUUUAAUUUGUCUACCACAAUCGUUGGUGCCGGAAUUAUGGCCUUGCCUGCGACUAUGAAAGCGUUGGGCCUUGUUCUUGGGAUUGCUAUGGUCAUUUUUAUGGCUUUCCUUGCAGAAGCUUCAAUUGAGAUGUUACUUAGAUUUAGCAGAGCAGGGAAAUCAACCUCUUAUGGAGGUGUUAUGGGGGAUGCCUUUGGAAAGUAUGGUAGGAUUGCUCUGCAAGUAUGUGUUUUAGUCAACAACGUUGGAAUGCUUAUAGUGUACAUGAUUAUUAUAGGUGAUGUGCUUUCUGGAACAACUUCAAGUGGAAUUCAUCAUGCUGGUGUGUUGGAAGGGUGGUUUGGAUCAUACUGGUGGAGUGGGCGCACCUUUGUUCUUCUAGUUGUAACCCUUGCUGUGUUUGCUCCAUUGGCAUGCUUAAAGCGUAUAGAUUCAUUGAGUUUCACGUCUACCUUAUCAGUUGUGCUGGCUCUCGUGUUCCUUGUUAUUACAGUGGGAAUCACCAUUUUUAAGUUGACAAAUGGAAGCAUUUCGAUGCCCAGGUUGCUUCCUGAUGUUACUGGUUUGACAUCAUUCAUUAAUCUCUUCACUGUAGUCCCGGUUUUCGUCACUGCAUUCAUCUGCCACUACAAUGUUCACUCAAUAGACAAUGAACUUGAGGACAAUACCCAGAUAAAAGUGGUUGUGAGAUCCUCACUUGCUCUUUGCUCGACUGUGUACAUGUUGACAAGCUUAUUUGGGUUCCUCCUAUUUGGUGAUGCAACUCUUGA